AUGCAGUUCCACAAGCCGUCAGCGCCGCCUUCUUUUUCCUCCUCUCUAGAGCCUCUCGCCUCGCUGUCGCCAGCACUUCUCGCCCAGAUUGCUGAAGACACGCUAGGGGAUGCCUACCCGCUGGAAACGCCCUUUACCUCCUCUCUAACGUCCUCCGCCGCUGCGACUUCUUCUUCUCCGCUGCCGCGCGUCGCGUCCUCUCGGCCGCUGCUGUACGCGGACUACGCCGCGAGCGGGCGCGCGCUGCGCAGCGUGGAGGAAUUCAUCGUGUCGCGCGUCCUGCCUCUCUACGGCAACACUCACUCGCAGGAAAGCGCGACGGGGAAGCAAGCAAACCAGCUCCUCGAAGAGGCUCGGCACAUCAUGAAGAUGAACUUCAACGGCUCCCACGAAGACGCGGCGAUUUUCUGCGGCAACGGGGCCUCGGGCGCAGUCUCGAAGUUCCUCCAGAUUCUUCUUCUCUCUGCACCCCACGCUGCCGCGGCCGCUGCGGUGGAGACUUCUGACUCCGCGCCAGGGCCCGCGCCUCUGUUUGCGUCGCCUGUCGGCGCGCCCUCGUCUUUUCUGUCGAGGUUUUUCGCGCUAUUCGAGGAGGAUCGAUGGGGAAGCUUCGUCUGUCGCGCCUGCGGCGCGCGGCUGAAGACCGCGGCGCACGCGCGACGCCACCUGGCGCUUCACCCCGACUUCCUCGCCUCGCCUGCCUCCGCCUCCUCUGCGGCGUCGGCUGAGUCUUCGCCGCAGGUUAACGGCACUCUGUCGGCUCGCGCUGCGUCGUCUGCACUCGGAGGCAGUUCGUGCGUGGCGGGGGUGGAUGCCGACGGCGAGGCGCGGACAGAGGCGCGACGGGUUCAUCUCCGCGUCCACUUCUUCGUCGAUCCGUGCUGCCAUCAUUCCUCCUUUCUUCCGUUCAAAGAGCUCGCGGGCACCCACAUCCCCUGUUCAGCGUGCGCCUCCUCUGCUGCGUUGUGUGCCUGUGCGUCCUCUUGUGCGUCUGCCUCGUCGCAUGCUUCCCUUUCGUCUGAGGCUGGCGGCCGCUACUCCUACGAAGGCGAGGCGGCGGGCGCGGGGCUGAGAGGCCGCAGCGGCGCGGGCGGCGUGGCGGCGACCGCCGCAGAGGCCGCUGCGAAUUCUGUGGAUCUCUCCUUCGCCUUUUCCUUCUUCGACCUCGACUGCCAGACGGCCGCGCUGUCCGCAGCGUCGGUGCUGGAGAAGCUCCGCGCGGAGGCGGAUUUGUGCGCGCAGCUGAAGCGCGAGCGCGUGCCCGCCGCCUUUCUCUCACUUCCCGUCUGCGUCUUCUCCGCCACCUCCAACGUGACAGGCCUCCUCAGCCCGACCGUGGGCGAGGCCUCUCCGCUCUCUCGCUCUGUGGAUGACCUCGCGCGCUCCUCGAUGGCGGAGUUGAAUCGCUUGGUGCAUCGCUUCGGCGGCGUGGCGUGCUGGGAUCUCGCGGGCGCCGCCUCGCACGUCGGCGUAGACGUCAACCCGGGCGUGGUGCUGCGGGCGAAGACCGCGAAGGGUGGCGCGCGUGGAGAUCCGCCGAGUCUCACGGAGGAAGAAGGCGACGCCCGCGCCGACGCCGUCUUCUUCUCGCCGCACAAACUGCUCGGUGGUCCCGGCAGCUGCGGCCUCCUGCUGCUGAAGAAGAAGCUGCUGCUGUCAGACCUGCCGGCGCAUCCAGGGGGCGGCUCGGUGUAUCUCGUCUCGGGACACAAGACGGCUGUAUACACCUUGGACCGCAGCGAGCACCGCGAGGAGGCGGGGACUCCGAAUCUCCUGGCCGUCAUCCGCGCCGCCGCAGCCGUGCGGCUGCUGCAGCAGCUGCCGAUGGAGCUUGUGCGGACGCGCGAAGAGCUCUGGACGCGCAAGCUCCUUCAUCGCCUCCGCGCACAUCCGCGGAUUCAGGUAGUUGGACCGCUGAGGCCUCGCGUGGGGAUCAUCUCGUUGCUCUUCCGCUACGGCAACGCGUCAACGACGUCGCCCGCGUCGUCCUCAGCGUGCGGAUGCGAGGCGCGGAACUACUCGGCGGCAGGCGGCGUGUAUCUGCAUCAGAACUUCGUCGUGGCGCUGCUCAACGACCUGUUUGGCGUCCAAGUGCGCGGCGGCUGCCUGUGCGCGUCGCCCUACACCUCGUAUCUGCUGUCGAUUCAGCCGGAACUCCUCGAGGCCCUGGAGGCGAUGCUGCUCUCCACGGGGCAAGACUUGUUUCGCCCCGGCGUCGUCCGCCUCAGCCUCCACGGCCUCAUGCGCAGCGCCGACCUCGACAAGCUCGCGGCUGCCCUCCUCUGGGUCGCCUCGAAUGGAUGGAAGUUGAUGACCAGGUACGAGGUGACGGCUGAGUCUGGCCGGUGGCGCGUGAAGGGUUGGGCGGGUCGCCGUGAGGAAGCUGUGCGCACGUGGAUUUCAGAAAAUUCGUUUCUGCCGAACGCGCGUGCGCUGGGCGAGGCCACGGCCACGCUUCCGCGCGACGCGUCGCGGGCGGCGUCGAGAGCGACGGAGUGGCGGGUUCCGCGAAACUGCGAGAGCGUCGCAGAGAUGCUGGGCUUCGCAGAUAGCGUGCUCGCGUCGCACCUCGCCCAUUUCCACGCUUCUGCAGCACCCACCUACCACGUGCUCCAUCUGCCGCCCGCCGAGACGACGCUGCCCUUUGCGACUCGCGCGCAGCUGCCUGCAGGCCCCGUGGACGCGAAUGCGACUCCACGCGACUCCGAGGCGAGCGCACCGACGCCAGCACCGCCGGGCGCAGACGGCGGAGACGCAGUCGCUCAGGCAGGCUCGCGCCGGUGGCAGCCGUCCGCGGCCGUCGACGCCACCGCGGCGUCUCUCGUUUGGUUUGCGCUGCCCGCCGAUGCGACGCUCUCGAUUCUGCAGUGGCUGGGCAAGGGCGGGGCGAAGCGCGAGCAGCUCUGCAGCGAAGCGUCCAGCGCGGCGCAGCUGCAGCGAAUGCUCAGUGGAGAGCGCGGCGGCGACGAGUUGCCCUUUGCCCGCGACGCCGCACUGGAGCCCAGUCUCUCACCUCAGGCGAUUCGGUGGGUGUCUCCGGGGGCACCAACGGCGGUCCGCGGCAGUCAUGCUACACAGAAGAAAGCGCCUGAAGAGAAGCCAGGCAGCUCCUUCGCGCGGCCUGAGCACGCGUGCAUCGAGGCACGGCUCUUCACCGGAGCCAACUGCUGCUCAUGCUGGACUGCGGACGACGAGCGGCACCUCGCGGCAGUCGAGGGCUCCCGAGACGACGGCCAGGGGGCGACCGCGAAGGGCCUUGCGCCGGACGACGAAGAGCGGAGAGCGAACGAAGAAGACUGGAGCUUGCCUGCCUCAGGCACGAGGACGCGCGCGACGCAGCCGGCAGGCGCGUCCUCAGCGGUCGCGUCCUCAGCGGUCGCGUCGUCUGCGGCUGCAGACGAGAUUCAGGCACUCAAGCGUCAGGUGGCGUCCCUUCGCACAGAGCUGCGGCAGGAACGCGAGAAGCGCGGGCGGCAGCAGGAGCCAGAGUCGUGUCGCAACGCGAAGAGGCAGACUCACGCGCAGCCGCACAAGAGUCUGGCGGUCGAUUCAGAGAGACAGGAAGACGAGGAAACCAUCACUGGCGCCGCCGCUGUCUCGCUAGACACACGCAGUCCUCCCACAGCCCUCAACGGCGAGGCCGCCGCACCCGCUGCCACUUCGGCAGCACCGUCGUCUGCCCCCUCGUCCGCUGACUCGCCGGGGCGGCGGGCGCCGGGAGCGCCGAUCCUCGAGAUCCCGCGGACGCUGCGGCGAACAGUGGGCGAGGCGAUUCGAACGUAUGACAUGAUUCGCGACGGUGAUCGGCUCCUCGUGGGCGUCAGCGGCGGGAAGGACUCGCUCACACUCCUCCACGUCCUUCGCGACCUCCAGCGACGCGCGCCUGUGCGCUUUUCAGUCGCCGCCGCCACCGUCGACCCCGUCACGCCCGAGUUCAACCCUCGCCCGCUCAUUAAGUACAUGGAGGAUCUUGGCGUUCGCUACCAUUACCUGCGGCUGCCAAUCAUGGCCCUGGCGAAGGAGCGCAUGCAGCGCCAGUCGAUCUGCGCGUUCUGUUCGCGUCUGAAGCGCGGUCUCCUCUACUCUUGCAUGCGAAGACACGGCUACAACGUGCUUGUCCUCGGGCAGCACCUCGACGACGUCUGCGAGUCUUUCCUCAUGAGCGCCUUCCACAAUGGCGCGCUGAACACCAUGAAGGGCCACUACGUCAAUGCGGAGGGCGACCUGCGAAUCUGCCGCCCACUGAUCAUGACGAGAGAGCGAGAGACUGCAGCGUUCGCCGCGGUGCACCGGCUGCCCGUCAUCGCGGACAACUGCCCUGCCUGCUUCGCGGCUCCAAAGGAAAGGCACCGCAUGAAGAUGCUGCUCAGCGAGCAGGAAACUGAGUUCCCGCAUCUCUUCCAAAACCUCCUCAAGGGUGUAGAGUGCGAGACAGGCGCGCAAGGCGUGCAGCUCGUUCAGUCCGGUUUCUGGCUGCCACACGAAGGGCGCGGCAGCGUCUGGGACGCGGGUGCGAUGUCUCGCUUGGGUGUGCUGCCUCUGGGUCCGCUGCAGUCUCUGAAGCCUUUGAUCGCGAUCGCGGCUGCCGACAGCCGCAGAGAUCGCGAGGCGGGCGUGGGCAAGGCGCGUCUGCUGCGGGCUGCGGCCGCCGAGACGCCCCCCUCCGCGGAGACUGGCGCGAACGCGCGAGGCCCGCAGGCGACGGAGGCGCUCGCGACCGUGGAGGAGAUGGACGCCGGCGACGUCGGUCUCAUCCUUCACCACGCGGGCGCGACUGCGCCAGACGACGAGGACGAGGCGGCAGUGGGUAAAAGCGAGAAGGGGAAUCGCGCGAAGGAAAGCCCACCGCUCGCGAAGAACGAGAAAGCCGCAGAGGGACUAGGAAACCACGCAGCAGCCGACGACGAAGCUGCCGAACUCGUUAUGACUGCGUGCGGCGUGGGCAGGCAGUGUAGUAGACGGGUUUAA